CAGGUGUGUUAAAGGUGCGUCCACAGCAGGUGUCAGUAGCACACGGCUAGGUGUAAAAGACAGGUGUGUUAAAAUUGUGUCUACAGCAGGUGUCAGUAGACAGAGAUGGACGACAAACAGAAGAAAGAGAGUCUCCAACUAAAUCCUCUCCUGUCACGACAGCAUGGCGUUGGAGACGGUGUCGACGUGGGGGUCGAGUCUGACAACGAAAGAAAAGAGAGGGGGCAAUGGGGAACAAAGCUGGAUUACAUACUAUCAAUGAUCGGUUAUUGUGUUGGAUUAGGAAACCUGUGGCGGUUUCCAUAUCUUUGUAACAGAAACGGAGGAGGCGCCUUCUUGAUCCCGUUCCUCUUCUUUCUCUUGGUCUGUGGUCUGCCAAUGUUUUUCCUCGAGGUGACGAUCGCCCAGUUCUCUGGAAAAGGACCGACUCGAGUGUGGGACAUCUGUCCGUUAUUAAGAGGAGUUGGAGUUGGAAUGGUGAUGGUGUCUUCGUUGAUAUCGAUGUACUACAACAUGAUCAUCGCCUGGUGCAUCUACUACAUCAUUCGCUCGUGCAGCACGAUGAUGCCGUGGAUGACGUGCACAAACUGGUGGAACACGGCGCUUUGUGUGGAGGAAACAGCAUCAGCGACGACCUAUGUCACCAACGUCACUAACGUCAGAAAUUAUUCUGACCACCUGACUAAUGUAACCUUUCCUAUUGGUCCUGUGGGCAGCAACGUCUCGGCUGAAGCUGAUACCGGUGCUGAUGCCUGGAAGAACGACACACUUUCACACACUUCCCUGGAGGAAUUCUGGCAGUACAACACUCUGCGUAUUUCGGGUGGACUGGAGGAGGUGGGUGAGCUACAGUGGCAUCUGGUUCUCUGUUUACUGGGGUCGUGGACCAUCGUCUUCUUCUGUCUGAUACGCGGGGUCAGAUCAGUCGGAAAGGUUGUGUACGUGACGGCCACUCUGCCCUAUCUUCUUUUGUUGAUUCUUCUCAUACGAGGAUUGACGCUGCCGGGCGCCGUAGAUGGGCUGAUCUUUUUCUUAAAACCAGAUUUCAGCAAGCUACUAGAAGUUCAGGUAUGGCUUGAGGCGUGUCUUCAGGUGUUCUACUCUCUCGGUCCAACAUGGGGCGGCCUCAUCACCAUGGCCAGCUACAACAAAUUCAACAAUAACUGUUUAAGAGAUUCAAUUGUGAUUACCUUUGUUGGUGAAGGUACUAGCAUAUUUGCUGGCUUCGUCAUAUUUACAAUCCUCGGAGCAAUGGCGCACCGUCAGGGAGUGCACGUGUCGGAGGUAGUGUCAUCCGGUCCUGGGCUGGGGUUUGUCGCCUACCCUCAGGCUCUGUCCGGUCUGCCCAUCCCUCAACUCUGGUCUGUCAUCUUCUUCGUCAUGCUGCUCACAGUGGGACUCGACUCACAGUUUGUUAAUGUCGAGGUUGUGGUGACUGGAAUUAUGGAUUCGUUUCCGAGACUUCUCCGAUUCAGAAUCAUCAUCACAGCAAUCCUUUGCUCAUUUUUUUUUAUUAUUGGUCUCCUGUUCUGCACAAAUGGAGGAAUCUACAUGUUCCAACUGGCUGACUGGUACGUCGCUGCCCUUAUGCUCAUCCUCAGCAUCUUGGAGUGCUUCAUCGUGGCCUGGAUAUACGGAUUCAAGCGUCUAGAUGAAGAUCUGGAACUCAUGAUAGGAAGGAAAGUUCCCAUCUUCUUCAAAGUGAUUCUAACUUACAUCACACCACUGGUAUUCACGGUUGCCAUAGUGUUUACGCUUGCGCAAUAUACACUUCCGACGUACGGGAAGUAUGAGUACCCGUACUACAGUGCGAUCAUUGGUUGGAUCUUCGCCGCAAUCCCGAUCAUACCGAUACCUGUGUUCAUCAUCUGGGAACUCGGUAAAGCCGAGGGGUCACUGAGGGCGCGCAUAGCCAAGACGAUUUCUCCAUCAGACAGCUGGCUUCCGAACAAUUGGUCAUCUCGGACGAAGUACAGAGGGAAAGAGCAGAUCACGUUCAAAGAAAAUAUCUGUCACUUGUGUAUUCGAUAGAACAACACAUUUAAAGCCCUUGUAUCAAAUCUUCAUUAUUUAAUAUGUUUCAGUAUUUAUUACUACAAGGCAGAAAAUCAACUCUAGUUUUAAUUGUAUAUUAGAUAUAGUUUCUUGUUUAAAAUGUCAAUGUCUGUAUAUUCAAUAUAUGUCUUGUCAUCAUAAUAUCAUAAUACAAACUGCUUUUACUUCCCAAUAAUAUAUAUAUAUAUAUAUAUAUAUAUAUAUAUAUAUAUACUUAACCCCAAAAGUUUAGCAAUUUUCGGUUUAUGAUUAGUACAUGACAGUUGCGUACCAUAAUGUGAUCAAACUUGCUAGUAUGUUGGUUGGAUACUACCUCUCACUGUGUGUAACAAAAAUAACGUCAUUUAUCAUAUUGCACGCAUCUGUGCGUACUGUACGUACAACAGAUUUGUGUUCAUGAUAGCGCAGAUGCGUGCGCAUUACGGAUGGAAUGAAACCUUAUUUCCAUGCAAUGGACUAACGGUAUCCAAAAACUAUAUAAAGAAUUUCUCAUAUUAACAUGGGUCGCCGCCCAGGAUCAUCCGAAAAGCAACGUCACUUACAAUGGGAAGGCUUAUCGCCGGUCAACGCAUACACGACGUUGCACAAUACGUUCAUGUUCAUGACAGUACCAUAUCACGUCUCCAACAACGCGUACAUCAAACUGGACAGGUGCGAGAUCGACCACGUUUCAGUAGACCACGAUCAACGAUUCCAAGAGAAGAUCAAUAUUUAGUGACGUCAUCACGACGUCAUAGGUAUCAAUGUGCACUUCGUUUAGCCCGCUCUUUGUGUGUGUAUUACGUUAUUGUUUGCUCUGUCCGGAGGGGUUGGGUUGUGGAUUUUGUUUUACAAUGCUCAUUGCAAUGCUUUGCAUUAAAUAGCAUGCAAUUUAAGCAAUAUUUAUACAUUGUCGUGUUUUGUGAUUAUCUCAAAACAAACUAACUCAAUGAAUAAUAUAUUUUUUAAAUUAAUAAAAUAAAUAAAUAAAAACAAUUUGGUUUAAAAUUAAAAAUAAAUUAAUUAGUGCUUAGAUAUUAAACAUCGGGUGUGCAGCGUUACGACUAUCAAUCGCACAUUGUUGACUCCCUAUUGGUCUACCUAGUUUGUCGUGGGAUAACACCAGAUCCAAGUAAACUAUAGUUAUAGUUAUACAUGCCUUCAAGUACCUCGCUUGUAUAUACAUACGUCUUCCUCGGAAAGAAAAAUUGAUUUUAUGUGUUUGUUGUCGUAUAUCAUGUUCUUUCCAGGUAAAAUAAACCAAACAAAACCACAACUGAAAUCAACAAAAAUCUAUGAACUACUUGUUUUGCAUAUUACAAACUUAAGUAGGCACAGGGAUUUAUCACCUUGUUUUACUUUUUUUAUUUGUUUUUAUUCACAGAACCUGUUUACAUUUGUUAUCUGUCCCAGUAUCAGAGUUACAAAACAAAAUUAUACAUUAGACAGAAAAAAACCCCGACUGUAUAUUAUGCAACAUAAGUUUUCAUAGCUUAUAAUUUUGGAACCCCCCCCCCCCCACACACACACAUACACA